AUGAAUUCUGAGGACGAAGACUUUAACGAUAUUUACGGUAACGACGAAGAACAAACUACUCAAAAGGGAACUGUUGUCGCUCAAGAAUCUGCAAACGUAGAAGAUGUUGAAAAACCUAAAGAAGCAGAAAAGGAAACUGCCAGUUCGUCUUUAGAUCAAUUAGCUGCUUUACAAGCUCUUUCUUCAAAUUUGACAAAUUUAGCUAAUCAAGGUUCUUCGACAGAAUCUGUCACUCCAAAAGCAGUAGGAGAAAGUAAUGAAAGUAAUAGUAAUGAUGAUGCUUCUGCAUCAGUGAACAAUCAAGACGUUAGUUCCACUAAUCAGUCUACACCAGGUAUGCCAGCAGGCAAUAAUUUACCAUGGGAUCAACUGCGUCAAACAAUGUCACAAUUUCAACCGCCUAUGCCACAACAGCAACAGCAACAGCAACCACCACAGAUGAAUAAUGAUUCUCAAAGAAAAGUUAAGGCUGACUUAUCAAAGGAUAGUUGUAAAAUGUUUAUCGGUGGUUUAAACUGGGAGACUACAGAGGAUACUUUACGCGAUUACUUCAAUAAAUACGGUAGUGUUGUUGAAUUAAAAAUCAUGAAAGAUAAUAACACAGGUAGAUCUAGAGGUUUCGGUUUCUUAACUUUUGAAAAUGCUUCAAGUGUUGACGAAGUUGUUAAAACUCAACAUAUUUUAGACGGUAAAGUUAUUGAUCCAAAGAGAGCCAUCCCAAGAGAAGAACAAGAUAAAACUGGUAAAAUUUUCGUUGGUGGUAUUGGUGCUGAUGUUAGACCUAAGGAAUUCGAAGAAUUUUUUGCUCAAUAUGGUACUAUCAUUGAUGCUCAAUUGAUGUUAGACAAAGACACAGGUAGAUCUAGAGGUUUUGGUUUUGUUACGUACGAUUCUCCAGAUGCUGUUGACAGAGUUUGUCAAAGCAAAUAUAUUGAAUUUAAAGGUAAACAAAUCGAAAUCAAGAGAGCUGAACCAAGAAAUAACCAAAAGGCUAGCGGUCAAACUAAUAAUAUGAACAACAUGAACAAUGGUAUGGGCAACAUGAAUAUGAUGUAUCAAAACCCGAUGAUGGGUGGUUUCAACCCAAUGUAUAACCAACAAGCUAUGACUGAUUAUUAUCAGCAAAUGCAACAAUAUUAUCAACAAAUGCAACAACAAACUGGUGUUGAUUACUCCCAAAUGUUCCAACAACAAAUGCAAAUGAUGAUGCCAGGUAUGAACCCAGGUGCCGCCGGAGCUGACCCUAGUAAGCCGGGCCAACCAAUGGGUGGUUCUCCAAGUUCAAACUCUGCUACUCCACAAGAUAAUAACGAUGUUCAAACUUUAGGUAAUGAACAAAAUAAAAUGGAAGAUAAGCAUGGGCUACCAAAGGGUCCAAGACGUCCAAGUGCAGGCUCCAGUGACUACGACCGUUAUAAUGAUAACGAUGACUAUCAAUACAGAGGUGGCAACACCGGUCGUAGAUUAAACCACCGUAUCGGUAGCAAUAAGAAUAACUAUCGUGGUAGUGGUCGUGGUGGUAGACGUUCUCAUGGUUACCAUCCAUAUAAUCGUUAA